AUCCGAAAUAGCUUCGUCUGUUUCCGAUACAAACCUCAUUAAAUCUCGUAAGUCACCGGAGAAUACCGAGCCAUUCCGAAUAUUCCCAAAGUUACUUCGGCACAGCUCGUAAGACGUCGGGAGCUCACCUUGUUAUCACAUGACAGUCAACAUGGCGGACAUGAGGACAUUCAAUGUUGUGGUUCUCGGGUUUUCUUUUAUGUUCAUCUUUACCGCCUUUCAAACGGGUGGUAUGAUUGAGCAAACUGUCAUCCAAAGUGUCCUUAAGGAAGGCAACUUCCAAGGAGGCAGUGGUUAUGUCAGUUUGGCGAUCAUCUACUCCGUGUUUGCGCUGGCCAACUGGGGCGCUCCGUCCGUGGUGAGCGUGUUUGGUCCGCGCUGCUCCAUGGUUAUCGGAGCUGUCAUGUACUGCCUGUUCAUUGCAGUGUUCAUUUACCCCAUGGUCUGGGCACUGUACUUGGGGUCUGUGCUGAUAGGACUUGGAGCAGCAGUGAUAUGGACUGCACAGGGAAGCUUCCUUACUACCAACUCCACCCAGGAAACUAUUGGACGGAACAGUGGCAUCUUUUGGGCACUGCUACAGUGCAGUUUACUCUUUGGGAACAUCUUUGUGUGGCAAGAAUUCAGUGGAAAGGAGACCAUUGAUUCCAAAACCCGUAUCCAGGUGUACGUGGUACUACUGGUGGUGUGCUGUGUGGGGACACUCAUGUUGUUUGUACUGAGAAAUAGAAGGCCAGAGGAUCGAUCCGACCUUCUAAACGUCAACAGUGGAGACCAGGCAGGGGAAGGACCACUACAAGCAUUCAAACGAUCUAUCCAGCUUCUCAAGACAAAAGAGAUGCUACUCCUGGGAGUGUGUUUUGCAUACACAGGAUUUGAGCUGACGUUCUUCAGCGGUGUGUAUGGUACCUGUAUUGGGAACACGAGGGCAUUUGGUGAAGAGGCCAAGUCUCUCAUCGGCAUCUCAGGUGCCUUUAUUGGUGCAGGAGAAAUCUUAGGCGGAGCGGCGUUUGGCCUGGGCGGGAAACUGACCAACCGGCACGGACGGGACCCAAUCAUCCUGUUCGGAUUCAUCGUCCACAUGACGGCGUUUUAUCUGAUCUACAUCAACCUGCCGCAGUCUUCACCCAUCUCUGAGAUAGUCACUGAUGCCAGCUACUAUCCUGUACUCAUUCACUCCAAUAAGUACGUUGCUAUCCUGUGCAGUUUCCUGCUGGGACUAGGAGACAGUAGUUUUAACACACAGGUGUACUCAAUCCUGGGCUUCAUGUUCCCUGAGGACAGCGCACCUGCGUUCGCACUCUUCAAAUUUGUUCAGUCUUUGACAGCAGCAGCAGGGUUCUUCUACAGUAAGUACCUCCUGUUGCAGUGGCAGCUGCUCAUUCUGGUCGUCUUCGGAGUGGCAGGGACUUUGGCAUUUUUUGAAGUGGAGUGGAAGACAGCAAGUGCCUCCAGGAAAGGCUAUACACAGAUAGGGUGACUAGAUAAGCUCAAAGGGGAGGAUCAGGAUAGACUACUGUCUGAAGAAGAGGAUGAACUUGAGCUUGAGGCAGCAGGCUUCUCCCAGGGGUUAAUGACAACAAUGCUGUAAGGGACAAAUCAUGAAUGAUGGUGGGGUAAGGAGUGUGUAAAAUGUUCAAAUGUUUUACAUUGUAUUUUCCUAGUGACCUCUCCACCACAUCAUUUCUGACACUGUAACUAUAUGCUUAGCAUAAAACCUGUUUUGGUUAACUACAUUAUAAACUUAAUAGUACAAUUUUUAAUGAUCAUUGUCACCUUCUUCAGGAUUGAUACUGACCAAUCCCUUCAUAGAAUAAAGGCAUAUCAGUUAAAGAGUUAAUGUUACACCAGGUCCUUGGAGUUGAAAAAUGAAAGAAAAUACUAUGAUUACUACCAACACAGAUGAGCUUCCAAUCACUUGCAAGAUGCUUUAGAAUUAAGGACUUAACUGUCCGAAGACUAGAAUGAAUGGAUUUUAUCCAAUAGAUUUGAGGUCCAAAUUGAUUCUGCUGUUUGAUCGUAAACUUGAGUCCUCUGUUCCUUUCUGUAAUGUAUUCCCAAUGUAUUACCGCUGUACUACAGAAUUUGUUUCAGCCGCAAACAUGAAACACAGUGAAAACCACCUGAAACUUGUAUUUUUGUCCCCCGAGGGAAAACACUCUUUUGUUCCCCCUACUCCCCUACAUCCUAGAUUUUCCCUGCUCUGUCCCAUAGAGAUUUUUUUGACUGUAUCAAAUGAAGGCAGGCCUGUUUUAAGUGUUUUACAAAGAAUGAGUAUAGAAGUCUAAAAUGAAAUGUACAGAACUUACAUGAGAUGUAGUGCAUUGUAAAAAAUGGCUAUCAGUGGAAAUACAAGUUGGUAUAUGCUGCUGGUGUAUUUUAGAAUUAUCAGGUUUGUCCAUGUAAAAUUCAGGAAUUUUCUUUUAGUUUCAUUUAGAUAUUUGGAAGCCAGGGAUCCAGAAAUAUACUGUAAAGAUUAGCCAAAUAAACAUAAUAUAUUCAAUUCCAGAUGUUGAUCUCUUAGAAAUUUGGAUAGUCAUAUUCUUAUUUUGCUUUCCCCCACUUUAAAAUUAAGUAACCACAGUAUGGAAAAUGGCAUUGUAUUCAGAAAAGCAGUCACAGAGUGGCAGUACCUAUUUCUAUACAUUACUGGGCAAAGAAAUUUUCAGUGCCAGGUGCACGAUACUAAUGCGGCCAAUAUAUUUACUAUUUUAGAAAAAAGAGAUUACCAACAAUUGCAAUUUUAUUGAAUUCUAAAUGCUUUGUCACAUGGUUCUAACACAAAGACCAUUUGUAUAGUAGUGCUGCAAAAGUUACAACACCCCUAAAUGUUUCCAAUCAAAAACAAGCUUGUAGGGGCCAAUGUGUGAGAGAAAAUGCCUUCAAAGUUAUAGGUAACAAAUGUAUAUGCCUAACGUUGUAGAAUCUGCUUCCUCUAUCGAUAAAUCAUGUAGGUUUCAGAAUACAGAUAUUGUAUGAAUGGCACAGUUCUGAUGAUAGGACAUUCAACAAUGGAUGUUCACGAAUACAACUGCACAUGUGGUCAAAGUUGAAGACUUUAAACAGGUUUGGACAUUGUUAAGCAAAUCGACCUGCGGAGGGAACAGCUGUUUACAUGUCAAGUACCCUCACCUGUGCAUGUGCAUCUGGAUCUGGAUCUGUGAAUAGGCUUAUUUCCUUGUUUUACUUUCCGAUUCAGAUCAUGAAGAUGUUAUGUUUGUUGGACAAACAUUUUGUAAACUGGCUCAUGUACACGUUUACGUAAUGAGGCCUUUGCUGUUCAAGACUUCUUUCUAAAAUGUAAAUAGCUCAUAGAAUGUAACUGUGCUUGAACUUGGCUACUUGUAUAGUUGUCCUGUAAGUAUGAUCAACAGCAAAGAAUAAAGAAUAUUUGUCUGUGA